AGUAAAACCCAGCCCUAAUCCUCAUAUUCGUCUUCUUCGUUUCGCUCAUUUCAGCGGGCUCCCGGCACCAGAGCGAAUCGUGUCCAUCGUCAAUUUGAUUCCGACAGCCGCCGGAGGUGUUAGAAAUUGCUAGUAUAGUCCUCCCAUUCUUUCAUUCCGAGAGAGAGAGAGAGAGAGAGAGACAGGCAAGCGUAGGAUCUUUCUAGCAUUUGCCGCAACUUCCUCCGGCAGCCCGCCGCCGGUUGUAUGUUCUCCUAUUUUAAUCACAGACCGGCUUCGAUUACCGGCCAGCCUGAUCGUUAAUUGGUUCUUAAUAAAUAGCUACAACUGCGACUCAGUGUAGUAUAUACCUCCUGAGAGCUUCGUUUCCAAUGGAGGCACAAAACGCAAUUAUUCAGGCCUUGUUUCGCCCGGCCGCUUCGUCUUCUGAAGUCCGAAUUACGCAUUCAUUGGCCUUACCCUCACGGCUUCCAGCCCGGACGCGGAUUACUUUGGGAAAUCAUUCGUUUUGUUCAAAUUCCUUGCUCGUCAAGAGGCCCUUUCGUUGUGAAAUUGGUGCUCAGAAGGAUGAGCAUAAAACGGUUUCUGAUGUUGGAGAAGGUAAUGCUAAAGCAAAAAUUAGAAGGAAGAAAUUAGCGGUGUUUGUGUCCGGUGGAGGGUCGAAUUUUAGGUCGAUUCAUGAGGCAACAGUUAGUGGAUCUGUCCAUGGUGAGGUAGUCGUUCUGGUGGCUAGUAAACAUGAUUGUGGAGGUGCAGAGUAUGCUAGAGGCAAUGGAAUUCCUGUUAUUGUUUUUCCUACAAAGAAAGACACACAAAAGGGGUUCUCAGCUGAAGAUCUUGUAUCAGCGUUGAGAUCACUUGAAGUUGAUUUCAUCCUUUUAGCUGGUUAUCUCAAGCUUAUUCCCACUGAAUUGGUCCAAGCUUAUCCAAGGGCCAUACUAAAUAUUCAUCCAUCCCUUCUUCCCUCAUUCGGUGGCAAAGGAUUUUAUGGUUUGAAAGUGCAUAAAGCAGUCAUUGCUUGCGGCGCUAGGUACUCUGGUCCUACAAUUCACUACGUUGACGAGCACUACGACACAGGCCGUAUCCUAGCGCAAAGGGUAGUCCCUGUGCUAGCCAAUGACACUGCUGAAGAGCUCGCUGCAAGGGUUCUCCACGAGGAGCACCAAUUAUAUGUAGAAGUAUUGCAAGCGUUGUGUGAAGAUCGAAUCACCUGGCGUGAAGAUGGUGUUCCGCUCAUCCGAAGCAAAGAAAAUCCCGACGAAUACUGGUAACAGCUUCACACACAAAUUUUAAGAGUGCACAGGUGCUGAAUUGAAAUGACUCGAAUUCAAGAAUUUGGUAUCUCUAACAUUUAUGUUCUUAAUUCUCUGCACCUACUUGUGUUAUCCUGUUGCGAACUUCAUGUAAAAUUGUUUUUGGAACGAAUGAACAUCCUUAAUUCUA